UGUCGGAUAUCACGUGAGCUGUCGUGGCUCCUGUGUCGUUUCUCUACAGUUAUAAACAAGCUGUGAUGUUAAUGUCACACAUGAGGCUCAGAGGAAUCGUGGAUGGGGAUUUUACAGCAGCAGCUCGAUAGUGUUUACGAACCGUGUCUUUAAAUAGUCGAGAUGGCCUCCGCAGUCGUGUUACAGACGCAGAUAUCUGCGAUAAUGGACGUGUUGACGAAAGCAGCGGUGGCAGAAAUCAGUCAGCUCAUUCAGGACGACAGUGUUGUUUUACAUCUGGAGAUAAAGCGGAGAGAGGAGGAGAUAGAAGGGCUGAAGAAACGUCUACAGGUCACCGAGAAAGAGCUGAAGAAAGCGCAGGCUGCUCCUGACCGAUGCUCAAUCGGAGUUCAGGUCGAAAUGGCUGAAAUGACGGAGACAGGAGAUUCAGUGGCCCACAGAAAGGGAUCCUCACCUGGAAGUCAUCUUCAAAUAUUUAAUACGACUUUAGUGCAAGAACUCAAAGAAGAGAAACCACAAUUGUCUCACAAAAUGGCACCACCUUUGCAAAACAUAGUGGAAGAGCCAAAUGCAGCUCAGGCUUAUGCAACAAAGCCAAGCAAACAACAGGACCAGGCAUGUGAUGAAGAUGAGUUUAGCGGUCUGGAAUUUGAAAUGAAGAUUGAGCAAGUGGAGGAGCUUGUGGAUCAGGAGCUCAACCUGCCAAGAGCGGAUUACAGGAUGGUGCAGCCAGACGCUGCAUCUGACGAUAAGACGGACCAGAGAGAUGCUCAGCUGUGGUCCCCUGUUGAAGAUGAUGCAGCAGAUGAUUUUGGUGUGCCUGGUGGCUGUACUGGGUUAGAGCAAUACCAACAGGUUCCAACAGAACAAUGUAUAGAACCUGCAAUGAAGGUUCCUCAGAACUCUGAGAGCAUUGCCAAUAAACCCAUCGACUCCUUUGGUCCUACACAUGUUAGAAUGGAGAGAGAGGUGUGUUAUGAAGGUGGAACAUUAUCAAAUGAUGCUCAGUAUGGGCAGCUAGGUAACACUUUAAAUCAUGUGACACCACAAAGACAACAAGGUCAAAACUCCUCCCACUCACCACCAAACGUGAACACAAAGCCUAGACAUUCAUUCGGUACAGUUCAUCGCCCACAAACACACUUACCUACCAACGCUCACCCACUAGCAAACAUGCUUCCUCUGCGGGGAAGAGCGCCAGCAAGCCAUGUUGGCUCAAAGCCUUUCCGUUGUGAGGAAUGCGGGAAAGGCUUUACACAGAGGACCCGACUGAUAACGCACAAGCGAAUCCAUACGGGAGAGAAACCGUACCACUGCCAACUCUGUGGUAAAAUGUUCUCCAGACAGGAUAACUGCCUAAGACAUGUACGCCUCCACAGUGGACAGAGAUGGUAAAGCCCCCAAGGCUGUGUUUCAAACAGUUUAAAUUACUUUAAAGGGGAAUUCUUCUAGGGUUGCACUGAUACCAUAUCGGUGUCAGUGCCAAUACUUGCACUUAAACACUGUAUGAGUAUUGGCAAAAAGAGAAUACUGAUACCAUAAAACAAGAAAUUGCAGACACAUGCUCUACUCACUGACAUGCAUGCACACCUGUAGAUAGAAAAUCUGUAACACCAGUAUUUCAAGGAACACAAUAGCAGUGAGUGAUAUACUUAUUGUGUCCACUAGUCCCACCUGUGGUGCGCCUUAGUCUGUCUGUAUUUGUAUUGGUAAGUCAGCUGUAUCUGAAAACACCGUGGUCUCGCAGUCUGGUGCUUCUGUCAAGCUGAGAAAUCAGCUAAAAACAGCUUCUGCUGAUACUGUAAUACUGAUUACUGUAAUAUGCACAAACUCCAGCAGAGCGUGUUGCUCAUAGAUGUAGUGCCAGUGUACAGGGCACAUGAAUGAGACUUUGAUGACUGAGAGAAAUGAGAAAUUCAGGUCUGAAUGAGCAUUCAGCUUUGUUUUUGCUGAGCCAGACGAACUGCUGCGUGCUCAUGUGUAUGUGCCACAGGUUUAUCUAUAUAUGUAUGGUUCACUUUUAUUUUUUAGUGUUUUGCGCAAAAAAUGUUUUCACUUUAUUUCAGUUGUUAAAUAGGGUUUUACUAAUUGUAUGUUUGUAAAUACUAAUUAGAUAUAGAAAAUGAACAGAAAUAAGUUUUUAUUUAAGCUAGUUAGUUUAAGUAGAGUUAAUAUUGACAUUCUGUAUCCACAGAUAUUUAAAGAUCGGGUAUCAGUUUUAGCAACAGAUUCAAACAGGAAAAAGUGGUAUCGGUGCACCCCUGAAUUCUACCAGUUUUUCUAAAUUUCCAUACAGGCUGUUGUAAGGAAAGAAAACCUAUACUUUUAACAUAAUCAGCAUUAUCUAUAAAAACUCAGACACUGCUAGUUUCACUGGUCAUUUUGAACAGUUAAUAAAACUAUUUGUGUUGUAGACACGGUGACCCCUGGUUUUUUAUUACCACCACUGUAGAGAAAUACAAGUUGAUACGAUUCUCUACAAUUCACCAUUUCACAUUAAACCACUGUAGAUGAAUUUAUUUACAUCUCAGUGACUGAAUUAGGCAGAGGUUUUGAAUAAGUCAGUGGUAUUCCCCUUUAAAAGGAUCACUGUUCAGUAAUUUAAGGAAAUACUGCAUCAAUACAGACAGAUGCUGUAGUAUGUUUUUGUAGAACACUUUCAUUCUGCAGUUUUCAUCAAAGUAUUUGGACAUUAAUCUGUAAAUCCACAUAAUUCAGAGAUGGGGACUAUUUGUUCAUUUGUUAAGAAUUUGUGGUAAUUUGUUACAAGCCUUGUGAUGUAGGCAUUGAUUUCAAAGAUAUUGUAGGGAAAGUGGAGUUGUGGGGAAAGUGAGAGUGGUAAGACAUUCUCUCGUGUUUAUAUUCUUUGUUGUUUUAAAUAUUUGUUGUACAUGGAUUUCAAACCUUUAUUCACAGAGUUCAGCCACUGUUCAAUGGUUUCUAUUGUAGGUGAGUUCAGAGUCAAGUUGGUUUUCUGUUAUUUUAGAGCAAAGAGGAAAAUAUGUCAAAAUAUGUCUGUGGUGAUUAACAGCACGAUACAGAUGCAGCAGAUAAAAAAAAGCUAAAACAUUCCUAUAAGCCAAAUGUUAGGACUUUCCAAUGGAUCUGUUAGGGCAGGAAAAUACUCUGUGUUGCUCCUGGAAUGAUGUAGUUAAAUGGCACCAAACCAUCUGAAUAUGCAAGUAUGAAGAAAAUAAAAUUAUCGGUAUAUAUAUGGCAUGUUUUAUUCCUUAAAUUUGUCAGUGUCAUUAUGUACAAAGUGGUCUACUUUUUGUGUUCAUGUAAGAGUGGCUCAUAGUGGGGGCUGAUGGCAAAUGGGGCAGUGUCUAAUCACUUCAGCAAGUCAACAGGUGACUUAACAUUCCUCAACUGCUUUCUCUUGAUUUCAUCAUACAACAGUGUUAUUGUCACUCCAUUCAUUGUACUUCUGCUUGACAUGUGACAUGAAUAUAACAAUAUAACAAGCCACCAUAAUUUGACUUGUGACAUGCUGACAUGGUGAGAUGUUAAACUGUUGUGACCUGCAGUCCACCAGCUUUAUCAGUGUCAUUUUUUUCAAAGAAUUGAAUGACAUUUCCUAAAAUAAAAGAGCCUUGAAUAAGUCUUGAAA